AUGAAGGCGGCUGUGUUGCUGGCCCUUGUGGCGUUCAUGUUGAUGUGCGCCGUCUCAGAGGCUCGACCCCGCACGGCGCUCCGUGCCGGCCACAAGAUCGACUGGUCGAAGGUCGACACCCAGCUCAUGGACGCCAAGUUCGGCCGCAAGCUGGCCGACCAGCCCGCCAAGCGUUCCGCCGACGCGCCCAGCGGCUCUUCCCUGUGGGAGGUGAUCCCCGGCCGGUACCCCAAGACGCAGUCGUUGCCCGAUGUGCUCGCGCAGGUGCCCAACACACCGGAGGGCCGUAAGUUCGUGCAGGACCUGGCCAACACCAUCUUCACCAAGUUCGGCAUCUGGGUGCCCAGCUUUGUCGUGGAUCUGUUCUUCGAGGACAGCAGCUACUUCCUGAACUACCUCAAGUUCACCGGCUGGGAGCUCUACGACGGCAUUGCCGCCAUCAACUUCGCCUACCAAAUGGGCUGGAUCACUUCGAAUGCCUCCAAUGCGGACACCCUCCCGCAGGGGUUCAACCUGGACAACUAUGCCAGCGCGCCGAUCAAUGUCUCCAACUACAUUCCGGCCGAGCCGGUCGAACUCUUCCCCGACCUGUGGAAGGGUUUCUACCGCGGUAACGCCUCCGAGGAGCAGCUCAAGGCCGAGAUUGUGUUUGCGCUCACGCUCAACCAGCUCGCCAACAACUCGCACAAGCGCGAGAGCGAUCCCUCCACCUACUUCACGCUGUACAACGGCAACAAGAUCGCGUCCAUCAGGGACCUGCUGGGCGCUCUGGCAGCCAACGGCCACUCGAUCAAGUGCUACUUGACCUAUCGCGCGGUCGAUUUCUUCGGUCUUCUCACGCGCGAUAGCCAAGGCCAGUUCAAGGAGGUCCCCGCCCCCGUGUUCAUGGACACCGAGGUCACUUCGCUCUCGGGCGAGUCGGCUGUCACGACCGCCAUUCAUGAUGAGCUGGUGAUCGAGAUCAGGUCGGGUCCCAACACCAAGGGCACCCCGUUCAACAUCGACAUCCUCUGGUACGAGGGCGAUGACGGCAUCGGCUUCUUCGCCGGCAGCCUCUACGACUAUGCCUCGUGGGUGGGCGCCGUCAACACGCAGCACAUGGAGGGCAAGCAGGCGAUCGACUACCUUCACCUCGCCGGAGUGUUUUCCGACACGCUCAUCCAGACCGCGCUCACGUUCAACCUCUACGAUUUGGGCUAUGGCGCCACCGGCGUUGACUCUAUCGCGGUCAUCGAGUGGACCGUCUACGGCAACAUGAGCCUCUACCCCCUCCUGAUGGAGAAGUUCCUGGUGGCGCCCAUUGUGGCGGAGUACCUCGCCCUGGCCAACCGCAACGCGGGCGAGUACGCCAAGCUCGCCGCUGGUCUGUACGAGCUCGUCUCGGACAGCGCCGUCAACCCCACCCUCCGCCAGAGGGCCUACAACACCAUCACGUGGCCCGCUGGCCAGGAGCCCUUCGAGACCGUGGUCAAGGCCAGAGCCAUCCUGUCCGGCCAGAACUAG